UGUUAUCUCUGGCUUUGUGUUCAUUACGCUAAUAUUGUGUUUGUAACAGAUAUGUGAAUGGUAAUUCAUGAUGACUUUCCCUUGAAGGAAUAAAGAGGUUUCAGGAGGACAUCUGUACGAUGUGGGGAAAGACGAUACCUCAGGUCAUGGUCAUAAGUUUCAAGUUUGUGUGUCCUCUAUUUCUUGUGGUGAUCUGCUGCUACUCCUUCUACUCCUACCGACCCCCAAAGUACGGGGACUACAUCUACCCCACCUGGGCAACAGCUGUUGGGUGGCUCAUAUCCUUUUCAUCACUCCUGCCGUUUCCGAUUGUUUUCAUAUGGACGGUUUACAACACUCCAGGGGCAACCAUGAAAGAGAAACUGAAGAAAUCUCUCAGGCCCAAUGAAUAUUGGAGUCGAUCAUCUCCAGAAGAAGAAUUCAUUGAAGUUUUACAACCAAUGAUCAAACUUUCCACCUGAGGAGGAAAACUCUCGGCGUGUCCAAAUAUUUGUGACAAAAGUCGUUUUAGAUUUGUCCUCGUAUUCUCAUUUGUACUGGAUAUGUGUAAUGCUGUCAUUUUGAUAACCUUCAACGUUGUUGUCUGUGUUGACUGCUUGCUAUAACAUUUAUUAUCAUAACACCAUAAAGGAAAUCUAAAGAGAUUAUUAAAAUUGUUUUCUGCAUACAAAUAUA